AAAAGGUUAAUGAAACAUGUUGCUGUGGUGUUGCCUGUCGUUGCUCGCCUUCAGUCAGUUGACCUCGAGCGCCAGUCCUGGAGUCAAGGUCAAACUGACAGAUAAGGGCAUUGAAUAUGGCAGGCAGCUGGGGAUCGCUUCCAUCCAGAAGAAACUCCGAAGCAUAACAAUCCCAGAUAUAUCCGGCACAGAGAGAGUGUCCGUCAUCGGCAAGGUCCAGUACAGCUUGUCAAAUAUGCAAACAGUGGCGGCGGGAUUACCUUCCUCCACUGUGGACCUGGUGCCCGGGACCGGCGUCAGACUGUCUAUUGGGAAUGCCUUCAUCAAUAUGAAGGGAAACUGGAGGGUCAAAUACCGACGAAUUUUGAAGGACAGCGGCUCCUUUGAUUUGAGUGUGACAGGGCUGUCCAUCAGCUCAGUUGUGGCGGUCAAAAGUGAUGAAACGGGGCGACCCCAGGUCAGUAACGUCGACUGUACGGCGACUGUC